CGCACACGAAGGCUACAACGCAAUGGCAAGAUGGCGGCGACCGAGAGAAAAGCCGCGGAAGACAGUGAACACACUUCCGGCCCCGCCCCCUGGCCACGGCGCACUUCCCACCCCGCCCCGAGGGCAGGGCGGCGCGCUGUGCCGUUGCCAUGGCAGCGGCCUGGGCGCGCAGCUAAGGGUUUCAAGGGAUCCUAGGAGCCGCAGGCGCUCUGGGCGAAGUUUUGUGAGCCGGCCAGACACAGAGCUGAGGCUGCGACGCCGGAGACAGGGAUGGGAGGGCCGCUUGCGGCCAGCCCUACACCUGAACCAGGAAGCCCAGAGCCAGAAAGCCAGGCAGCGGCACGAGCCCCAGACCUCAGAGCCGAGUCCAAGAGGUGGACAUAGUCGGUCACUCCAGCUUCAUGGGCAGACAUCUGUGAGAGCCCCAGGAGCCGUGGGGAUGGCACACCUGCUAGGCAGCCAGGCCUGCAUGGACAGCCUGCGCAAGGACCUCACCGACCUGCAGGGCACCAUUGUGGAAGUGUUCUCCCGGGCUGGGCCUGUGCGUUUCCCAUCCUGGAAGUUCCCUGACCGUUUGGCCUGUGAUCUUGAUAUGGUGGCCCUCCUGGAGCACUACGACCAUGUGCCAGGUGACCCUGAGUUCACACAGUUGUCCCACGCUGUGCUGCUGGAGCUGGUCAUUGACAGGCUCCUGCUGCUGCUUCAGAGCUGUGCCAGCUACCUGGAAAACCUCAGUUUGGAGCAGAUGAUGCCUCCUACCCGAGCAGCAGGGCCAUGCAUGUCUGUGGGGCUCACAGUACGCCGCUUCUGGAGCAACCUGCUGAGGCUGGGCAUGCUCUACCAGCAGGCAGUCCCCCAGAAAAGAGCAAACCAAGGGGAGAUUCCUAUCGCCAAGCCCACGGCCAAGGGUGAACCAGCCAGGAGCCCCGAAGGCAUGACUGCCAAGUUCAUCAAGCCUCCUUCCCCAGUGGCAGGCUUGCCCAUGAUCUGCCAAGGGCUACAGAGCAUCCCUGUCAGAGUCUCCCUGCGGGGCCCGGCGGGGACCUCGGAGAAAACCAAGAGCGUCCACUCUCAGACCAUCGAGACAGCCUUGGUGCCCUGUGAUGCUUGCACCAGUGUCCAGGGCAGCUUGUGGGAGGUGGGCAAGGUGGUCAUCAGCCUGUGUCAGAGCCAAAACUUGCCUUCGUCCUUGGGCCAGUUCCAGAAGCUGGUGCAGGACAGCAUGGGGCUGAAACCACUGCCGGCCGCCACCGUGGGCCACUGGGCAGCAGAGCAGAGCAAAGAUCUGACUCGGCUCAGUAAGCACGUGGGGGCCCUCACCCAGCUUGUCGGGCCCCUCAGGACCCAGCUGGAAGAGGCUGAGGGGCAGAAGGAUGGACUACGGAAGCAGGUGGGCAGGCUGGAGCAGGCCCUGCAGCAGGAGAAAGGAGAGCGGCAGCGGCAGACAGAGGAGGCCGAGUGGAGCCUGGCCAAGUGCGAGCAGGACAGGCGCCAGCUGCUCACAGAAACGUGUGACCUAAAGACAAAGGUGGCCAUUCUGGAGGGAGACCUGAAGCAGCAGCAGAAGUCCAUGCAGGCCAUGGCGGCAAAGGCCCAGCGGCUGGAGGAGGAAGGUGAGCGCAGGGCGGCCGCUGAGAAGCAAGUGCAGCAGCUGGAGGAGCAAGUGCAGCUGCUGGCAGGGCGGCUGGAUGGAGCUGGCAAGCAGAUCCGCUGGGCCAGCACAGAGCUGGACAAGGAGAAGGCCCGAGUCGACAGCAUGGUCCGUCAUCAGGAGUCCCUGCAGGCCAAGCAGAGGACCCUGCUCCAGCAGCUGGACAGUCUGGACCAGGAGCGGGAAGAGCUGCGGGGAAGUCUGGAUGAGGCCGAGGUCCAGCGGGCGGAGUUGGAGGAGCAGCUGAAGAACCUCCAGAGCAACCGGGAACAGGGACAGUGCCAGCUGCAGGCCCAGCAGGAGCUGCUGCGGAGCCUGCAGCAGGAGAAGCAGGACCUGGAGCAGGAAACUACAGACCUGAGGCUGACCAUCUCCGAGCUGCGACGGGAGCUAGAGGAGCUAAAGGAGCGGGAACGACUGCUGGUGGCCUUCCCAGACCUGCACCAGCCCACGGAGGCCCAGACCCACAGUUCUAGCAAUGUCACCCAUGACAUGGAGAGGCAGAUGCAAGCCAAUGAUAUCCGCAUCCAGGUCCUACAGGAAGAGAACAGGCGGUUCCAGUCCAUGCUGACCAAAAUCCAAGAGGUGGCCCAACAGGGAGGCCUCAAAAUGAUCCCGCAGGGCCAGCUCUGGCCCCCUCCCUACAAGGACACCCAGGGAGAGAUAACCUCAGCCCAGGCACAGAGUACAUCCCCAGGGCCCAUGGGCAGACGGCAGUUUUCUGGAAGCCGGACAAGCAGUACAGGCAGAACCCAUCCAGGCGGGCCCCGAGCAUCCCCCUCUCGGCAGCCCAGCAGCUGGCCCAGCAAAGCCUCUUUGGAAGACAGAACCUAUUCAGCCAACUGCACCCAGAACCCCAUCCGGGCCUUGGCCAGGCUCAGGAGGAAACUCUCACCGAACCGAGUUCAGGCUGGCUCUACAUAUCAGCCCCAGGAGCGGCCCACAUAACCAGGGGUAGGGCUGGAGGGCAGGUGGCUAGCAAUCUCCCAUGGAAUAAAAGCCCCAGCCAUCUGCCCACAGCGAUCUUGGCCUCAGCGUGGCUGAGCUGGGGGAACAGAC